UGAAUAUGGAAUGGUAUUUGAUUGAGCGAAUUCCACGUCUAAUAAAUCUCCCGUCAGGUUGACAAUCAAGAACUCCUUUUCCUUUCUAUAAAUAUAAUAAAAAUGAUUUUUAUAUUUAUGCUCCGGCCGGGUAGAUCCGCUUGAAGGAUGGGAGGUUGUGAGUAAACAUGGCGUCAUCGGCAACAGCUGCUGCUAACCCAAUGAAUAAGAUCGAGAGAGCGCACCAGAUGUACAGAGAGGGGAGGUACGAGGAAGCACUGGAGUUCUAUACAGAAGCGCUUUCUCUGGCCAAGACUAAAUCACAAAAGAUCGCCCUCCACAGCAAUCGAGCCGCUUGUUUCCUUAAACUUCUCCUUUUCAACAAGGCAGCAGAUGAAUGUACCUCAGUUCUUGAGCUUGAUCACAAACACACGGGAGCGUUGAUGUUACGUGCUCAAACCUUAGUCACUCUCAAGGAAUAUCACUCAGCACUUUUUGAUGUUAACAGGCUCAUUGAAUUGAAUCCAUCAUCAGAAGUAUAUCAGAACCUUCAUGCUCGCUUAAAGACACAGCUGGAAGUCGCUUGCUCCAAUACCUGAAGCUGAGGCAGAAGAGCUUGAGGAAGAAGAUGAAGAGGACGGUGAUGAUGAAAACAAUGCUAAACUAAAAGAUGAUGGAGGGCAUAGUAAUAACAAUGAAUGCAACAUGAAUGGUGAUAUUGGAAAAGAAAUGGUAGAUACUCCCACAGACAAAGUUACCUCUCAUUUUGGGAAAUCAGUUGAACAACGUGCAGGAUGGCAAGCUAUCCCACAGCCAAAAGGACACUCACGCCUUGACUACUCUCGAUGGGACAGGGUUGAAGAAGAGUCCAGUGAAGAUGACGAUGAUGAAGAUGAUGAUGAUGAAUCAGAUGAACCUAAUCCUCAAUAUAGGUUUAGAGUUAAAACAGUUGGCGUUCGAGCUGUUAAAUGAGAAAAUAAAAAUGAUUCGCAUGCUAGUUACCAUUAUUCAUUUUUUUCAAUGACCUUUUGCAUAAUCCAUCCAUUUAAUUAAUUAUUAUUAUAGUAAAAGGUGUAGUUAAAAUUCUUUUUUUUCCCACCAAACUCUGGUUGGGUCAGGCAAGACUCGGGUUGGCCCACCCUGUGGCACCAGUGCCAUAUGAGCUAUUGUUAUCCAUACGGGCUUCAGUGUUGCUGGUCUGUGGUCUGUAACUGAUGUGAAUAUGCAACUGGGCUGCUGAAAGCAGCUUGUGCAGGAUCCAUUUUUAAAGUAACUGGAAAUUAUUGGUAGGAUCAUUUUAAGUUGCAAAUGGUUUGGAUAUGCCUAGCGUGUAUCCUUUGUGAUAUUGCCAGCCGCAUACUUUACUGCAAUCUGCCAUGAACAGAUUGACUAGUGCUUGAAAAUACACUUCUGUAAAUGAUGAACAUCAUUGGUCCCUACCCCUCCAAUUACAUUGUAUUUAAUAUACUGUUUAGUGUACCCACUAUAUGUGAACUUUCAAAGAUCGUUUGUAAUAACUAUUGUGUGUAACAAAUAAUAAUGUUAUGACGUUAUUAGAUUGGAUGCAACUUAUAUUAGAAAAA